AUGACGUUCUACUGGAACGAGGCUGCAGCCGGACCCGGUAGACCGAGAGCGCCGGUUUCCACAUCUGCGCCCAUCAACAGAGUGGAGGGGUUUUACCGAGCGGAAAUUCCCUCGUUUUCACCCAAACGGCACCGCGUUGAUGAGGGCACGCACCCCUCUCCUCAGCGCACACCAGCUCACAUCAGCAUGGAUGUGAGCCCGCAGCCUGUGCGCGGCAUAGAAAUGCCGAGCACCCGCGGCAGUCCUAAACCAGUUCCGCAUGCUCAGGGUGCGCGCACCUUCCCUCAGCGCACGCCAGCUCACAUAAGCACGGAUGUGAACCCUCAGCCUGAGUGGAACCUGACCUCCUGUGGAACCAGUGUAGCCAGCUCCGAGUGCAGCGAGGAGCUCUUCUCCUCUGUGUCUGUCGGGGAUCAGGAUGACUGUUAUUCCCUUCUAGAUGAUCAGGAACUUACGUCACUUGAUUUGUUUCCUGAGGGCAGUGUGUGCAGUGACGUAUCCUCCUCCAUCAGCACGUACUGGGACUGGUCUGACAGCGAGUUUGAGUGGCAGUUGCCAGGAAGUGACAUUGCCAGUGGCAGUGAUUUCCUGUCUGAUAUAAUCCCAAGUGUGCCAAGUUCACCAUGUUUGUUUUCCAAGAGGAAGCCAAAGCCCCACCCUCAUCGCAACCUGGAUGAAUUGCCCUGGAGUGCCAUGACCAACGAUGAACAAGUGGAGUACAUCGAGUACUUGAGUCGCAAAGUCAGCACAGAGAUGGGCUUGAGAGAACAGCUGGACAUCAUCAAGAUCAUCGACCCCUGUGCCCAGAUCUCUCCCACUGACAGCGAGUUCAUCAUUGAACUCAACUGUCUCACUGACGAGAAGCUGAAGCAGGUGCGUAACUACAUCAGGGAGCACGGCCCCCGGCACCGGGCCAGCAGCACCAGGGAGGGCUGGAAGAGGAGCAGCCACAGCAGCGCCAGCACGGGUGGAGUUAGCAGCAGUAACGCCAGCAUGGUCAGCUCUGCUAGCUCCUCCACUGGCUCUGCAGCCUCCAACUCUGUGGCAGGUGGGACAACCUCAGCCUGCAGUGGCAGCAGUGUUACCAACAUCAGCAGAGCUCACAGCGAUGGGAAUCUUUCCAGUGCUGCUGAACGGAUACGAGAUUCUAAAAAACGUUCCAAGCAGCGGAAGCUCCAACAGAAGGCCCUUCGCAAGCGGCAGCUAAAAGAGCAGCGGCAGGCUCGCAAGGAGCGCCUGAGCGGCCUGUUUCUGAACGAGGAGGUGCUGUCACUCCGGGUGACGGAGGAGGACGAUCACGGGGACGACCUGGACAUAUUGAUGUGACACCAAUGAAUCUCUCAGUGCUCCCUCUACGCCCCCCCCCCCCCCCUUCAAUAUCAACACAUUAUUAACUGCUCCACUUCAACAUGCUUUUAUCUACUGCUGCAACUACAGUGGACAGAAGGACAGAUCGACCAAGAGAACCACUUUAAGCACAUUUUGCUUCUUCAGGAGAGCCACUGUCCAUGGAGAAGUUCUCUUUAUUCAAGUGAGCUGCUCUCUGUCUGCUUAGUGUUUUGGCUACAUUUUACUUUAAGGCUCAGAGGGAGCACUGAAGGUACAGGUUCAAACCGACGCCCACAAUCACUCCCCAUAACUGUACAUGUCUUUACUUUGCAUACACUUGUUGUCUUGAUUGUAAAUAGAUAAUAACAU